AUGCUGUUGUCUCCGAAUUCUCCCUGCGCGCUCGUCUCCUCAUCCAGUGUGCCAACGUUUACCAAGCGCACAAGGAGAGCUGGGACAGAGGGAAAAGUUCGGCGGAAACGGGCCUGGAUAUUCCCAGGGACCCUGUGGUGCGGUACUGGCAGCAAAGCGGCGGGAUACGAACAGUUAGGGAUGUUUGAGAGUGCAGACAGAUGCUGCCGUGAGCAUGACCACUGCCUGCAUGUCAUCCUGUCUUUCACGGUGAAUUAUGGAGUCUUCAACUCCAACUUAUUUACCGUCUCACAAUGUGACUGUGACCAAAGGUUUCGACAGUGCCUUCUCGGGGUGAAUGAUACCAUUUCCAGCAUGGUGGGCUACAGCUUUUUCAACAUCCUGAAGGUUCCCUGCUUUGAGCUCAAACAGCAGAAGCAAUGCACUGAGUUGUACUGGUGGGGAAUGUGUAAAGUAGCCAAAAAGGCUCCAUAUGCUGUCUUCAAAAAACCCCUUCCAUACUCUGAUGUUACAAGCAAUAAUGGGGACAACGCUAACAGCAACACGGUAGCAAGGAGCAAGGGGAAUCAUGAAACCAAAAGCUUUGUGAUCAACCCAAACAAAAAGUCACCCAAAGGUGAACGUAGGUGUAACUCAAGAGACCGACUUAAAGGAGACACUUUCUACCUCAGAAGGACAGAAGAAAAAGGAUGUAAAAGACACAGGAAACUGGAUACAACACCACCAUCCCAAAUGCCCCCGAUGUCAAGAGUGCAUACCACUAGUCCUUCAAUACAAAUAGGUCUUUUAAAUGCUUCUAAAAGUACUGUGAUGAUGCAGAUAAAAAAAAGACUUGGAAAAAGAAAGAGCAACAGAAAGGGUCUGUCUAAUUACGUCACAGAAAGAAGCCAAGUUCCACAAACAACAACAACAACAACAUCUGCAAGACAAAGCAGCCCAUCUUUAACACAGAAGCCAGCGCUGCAGCUUCACUUACCAACCGCCAUCACAGCAGUCACCAGAAGUCACAAAGAAGUUCCAAAACAAAGUCAUUGUUGUGGAUUCAAGAUGCUUCUAAGAGAGAAUCAACUCCUGUGUGGAAGCCUCAUACUUCUGGAUGGAUGUAAAUACAAAAUCAUUCCUUUGGAGAAGAAGUACGAUCUGCAGAACGGGGAGUCAAAGACUGCAUACCACUGUGAUUGCACCAGCCGCUUGGCUGUUCAGAUUGGAAGCUUCAAGCAACCCAGUAUUCUGCCCAAGCUACUAAUGGAUUUCGUCUCUCAAUACUGCUUCAGACUGCCAAACGAGAGAAAAUGCCACCGUCGCAAAAGCUGUUCUGGAGGCUUCUCGAAAGCCUCCGACCUACUUCAAGCACUUAGUGUGAUGGAGGAAAAAGACACUGCUGGGGUGCAAAAUACAGGCAACGACAGAAGAAGAGGGAUUCCUACUCGUCUGUAUAAGCGAUGCCUAAGGGAAGCUAAUGUUCUGGCACAGAUCACACAAAUUUAGACUAAGCUUCUGUUAAUAGCAACAAUGACUUUGAAAAGCUUCAUAUUUCAUGCAGCAUUUUCUGUUUCUUUCUGGCAGUUUGUUAGAAAAACAUUCAAGUAAAUAAACAAUCUUACACUUCACUGUUGUGUGAUAUACAUUAUAUGCUGUCACUGUGUGAUAUGGAAGUAAAUGUUUUGCUUUGUUUAUAAAACAUAAUUGAUCCAAAAAUGCGUUGUGGGGACUCAGCGAGUACAAUGUGAACUUAAUCUGCCUUUACAUUUCACGAAAUCCAGCACUUACAAUGUGUUGCAUCAGUCUCUCAGUCAUGCAUUCUUAGUUAAAAGGUAUGGUACAAAUGACAUUAGAUAUCUUCACAAGAAGAUGGGCGUGCGUGACGUUAUAUCUAGAGUCGAUAUUGGAUGUAGAUGUUAUAACUGAGAGGGGUUGAGGUUGUACACAUACAGUGCAAAUGCAAAACAAAGAGGUCUAUGAAAAAUCUGGGUAUGAAAUGAAUGUCUGUUGAUUUGUUAUUUAUUUAUUUAUUUAGUACUUUUCAUAUUAAUGCCUUUUACCUUUCUUUAGUUAUUUUACUUUGUACUCCAUGCUUAUCAU